AUGCUCAAGUUUGUUCUUGUGUUAAUACUGAUUAUUGUUGGUGGUGACUAUUGUUAUCGUGGUAACGCUGGGGUGGCUUUGAAGUUGCAAGCCGUGAAGUCCGUGUGCAGAGCAUCGAAAAAGCUUAAAUCGGUUUUUACAUUUGUGAAGGACAAACUGGAAAAAGCGGAUAGAAACUUUUACGAGGUGAAACUGCUGCAAAAGCUACUCCGCUUGAAGCUUCUAACGGAAUGGACUAAAGGAGAAAAGUGCGGGACAAUGAGGGUUUUUCUUACCAACAUAAGGGCGAAGGAGAGAAAUAUGCGACGGGAACUGUCAGCCUUAUGGAAAAUGGGGAGGAGAGUUGUGGGUGAGGCAGGGAUUGCAGCUGGGAGACUGGACGAAAUGGUGAAUGUGUUCGCACAGUCGUACGGCAACGAAAGUGAAACGAAAACGUGUAUUGGGGGUACAAAUGGCAGUCCUAUGGAGGUUUUGAAAAGGUGCUACGCUAACAAUUCCAAAACAGGGGAAUGGGAGUUCCUCACAAUUACAGAGGGGGGAGAACUGUUUGACAACGAGUUUGAGACAAACUUGGAGACCACGCUUCACGUUAUGUUGUCGCUUGGGAAUAGAGCCGAUCCGUGGUAUGACUAUGGAAAGGAUAUGGGGUGUCAACUCACUAAAGGAGCCCCUGGGGGUGGGUACAUGAAGAGCCAUAACCUCACAGAGAACAUCAUUUGGGGUGAUGGCAUACUCGGGGUGAGCAAAAAUGGAAAUGGAACUACCGGCUCCAAAGGAAACACGAGAGAUGGGAAAUAUGCUCACGAUGUCGUGUGGGAAGCAGAACCCACGAAAAAUAAUCCCACUCUCCGCAGGGUGAUCAAAGAUUUUAGUGCAUUCGAAGAAUUAUUUGCGAAGGUGGAGUCUUCCCACAAGCUGUUAAUAGAUGCAUUUCUCCAGGAGAAAUUGUUUGCUGAGGAAUUCGAGGCUCUUGCGGUUAGAACUAAGAAGAAAAGAGUGAUCAUUGGCGGUUCCACCUCCACCAAAAAUAAGCAGAACAAUGCCUUGGGGGGUAGUGGUGCCGGCGAUGAUAACGAAGUGAGUAUGGAAGAGUGGUUGUCGCAAGUGGAUGGGGGAAUUGUAGAAGAGAGGUUGUUGGCGGAGGAAAUGAAGGAGUGUACGUAA